CUUCAUCCACCAAGUGGGCUGUCAGCUCAAUAUCAUAUCGCAUCACAUCACUACAGUUCAUGAAGAGUACAACACCACCACCAUCAUUGACGUACCAGUCCGGAAUGAGCUCCAGCACAAAGGCAACAGUGAGCUGUGAUCCACUUUCGUAUGAUCCUAUUCAUAGAACAGGUUCCAUGUUCUACAAUAACUGCGCAAUGCCUUGGGGAGCUGUUUAAAAGACCGGUGGUCCUCGAUUGCAUGCUGCCGAGUCCACACUGCACAGUUCCCAGGAGAGAUUAACAUUCCCAAAUGAAUUCCCCACAUGACCUCCUUGCCAUAAGUGCUCACCAGCCAGGGGCACCUACAAGGAUAAAGAUUUCGCUAAAAGAUAACACACACACACACACACACACACACACACACACACACACACACUCUCUCUCACUCAAGUUGCCUGCAUGCUAAGUUAGUGUCUCAGGAGCCAUUUUGGAUUUUUCAUCAGGGACCAAGUUACUCAAACCGGACAGCUUUAAAAAGGAGUUGAAGGAGUGCCCAAUGGAAAGUGAUUUGAGACAGGGUCACUAUGUUAAGUAAGUAAGCAUGGGUGAAGGUGGGGGCGGUAGCGGAAGGGGGGUAGGGUUUGUGAGACAAGGUGACAAACAGGCGAGAGAGGCAAAAAUACCUGUUGGAACCAGUGAAGGAGGGCAGGAAAAAGGCUGUUCUAGCUCAUUUAUUUUUGCCAAUAUGUGACAGUGGUGUUCGUUGUUAAUGAUUCACGGAGAGACGAGAAGGAUAGGGAAGGAGGUAGAGGGAGUCAGAAACCACUUGGCCGAGCUCCAAGGAGCCUGCAGUGGUGUAGUUUGAUACAGGGGUGAGGAAAGGACAGAGGAGGACAGAGAUAGAAGGAGAAAGAGAGAGAAAGAGAGCAAAGAGAUAGAGCGAGUGCGAGUGAGAAGGCAGAGCGAAGAAAAAGACAGGUAAGGCAAAAGAAACAUAAGGUAUACGUCUGAAUAUGUAGCGUGGGGGAGCUAAGAAAUUCCAAAGGUAUUCCUGCCUUGAAUAACUCACCAGUGAACGAAAGAGGUCCCAGUUUGACUCACUGGAAACUCCUUAAGGCACGAAUUCUUACAGACCAAGCUACAGGAGCUGGACUUUUAAAAGUGGGUGGAAGAAAACCUCAAGAAACUAAAAAGAAAUAGAACAUGUGGAUGGUCUUUUGCUUUACCAAAGUUGAUUGGGCUUAAAGAGGAUAUACACAAGGAGGUGCUGGACGCUGCAAGAGGACCAGACAAGUCUGAGCUAGUGGGACAUUUAUAAAAAUCUCCUAUUGUUCUAUUCCAUGGCAAAAAUAUCCUGCUGAAAAGCCGUAAUUCUCUUCUGCAACACUUAUAAAGUGUCGCUAUUAGUAUGGAAACGGCUCAGGCAGGUUAAUAAAAACCUACAUGCUCUGGACAUGCUGCAGUGGAACAAUGCCUCCUCUUUAAAGGACAAUGAUUUGUUUUUGCCGUCGGAAUGUUGAUAUAUCUGAUUAGCAGGCAUAUUUGAGCCUUAGGGUCAGUGCACAUAAACAGGACAAGACAAGGACUGCCUUUUCUCAGUUUCAAGAUUAACCAAGCACUGGGGUUUAUCCAUUUACCUGCACACGGGAUAGUGGGAGACGAAGAAGAAGCCGGAGUAAGAGAAGCAAGACACAUAGAAAAAAAUCUCAGAAAAAGGAAGGAUUUUUUUGCCUUUGUGCAGCCCUUUGUUCCAGCCUCGGAUAAUAAUUUAUUUGAAGAUGCUGUGGUUUUAAAACUCAGGGAGGGGGUGCAUCUGAGAAACGAAGCCACGAGCCAGAAGCAAGGAGGAGAACAAAGAUGCCCGAGAGCAAGCAGGCAGUCCACCGGACGGGAAGCUAUCUCUCUAACUCUGCUUACAGAAAAAUCAAAAGGGUGCUGAGCUUUCGAAGACGUGUGUUCGGGCAGCGGUUGGAGGAGACCGUUUUGUAUGAGCGUCGGUAUGGAGACCACAUGGCUCCUCUUGUGGUGGAGCAGUGUGUGGACUUCAUAAGGGACCAGGGGCUGAUGGAAGUCGGGCUUUUCAGGCAACCCGGCCAGGCCACACUUGUCAAAGAGCUCCAAGAGGCUUUUGAUGCUGGCGAAAAACCUUCCUUUGAUAGCAGCACAGAUGUCCAUACAGUGGCCUCUCUGCUGAAACUGUACCUCAGAGAGCUGCCUGAACCAUUAGUACCCUUCUCCCGCUAUCAAGAGUUUCUGAUAUGUGGCAAAAAAAUUCCCUCAGACAGGGAACAGGGAUUGCUGGAAUUAAGAAACCUUCUUCACGAGCUCCCUGUAGCUAAUUUUAAACUGCUGAAGUACAUCUGUCAGUUCUUGAAUGAGGUCCAGUCUUUCUCUAGCACCAAUAAGAUGAGUAUUCAAAACCUAGCAACUGUUUUUGGACCAAAUAUUCUUCGACCUAAAGCUGAAGACCCAGAAAGUAUAAUUGGGGGUGCUGCUAUAGUGCAACAUCUGAUGUCGGAGCUGAUCAGAGAGCAUGUUAUGCUCUUUUCUAGAGAAAACAAUCGCAAGGCACCAGGAAGCCCUGGACCUGCUUUUGCCUCCACACACAGACAAGCCAGCCAUGUAGAAUGGGUGUGCACCAAGCCUACAACUCCUCCGAGCGAGCCUCAGCUUGAUCUAAGCCAUGUACCACAACCAGCUCAGACGUUCAAGCCAUGCGUAAGGAAAUUCUCUCUACCUCUUACGAACGAACUGAGAUUUUCUUCCCAAAGUUAUCACACUCCGCAUCACCAACCUGAAUUACAUCUGCAAAGUCUGGAAGUCUCUUCUCAGGCAAGCUCUGCUCUUCUUUAUGAAAACCACAGACCAGUCCCUUUGCCACAGGAGUCUAAUCACUCUGGACUUUUGCCUCCCCCAAUCACAUCACCUACUGCCUCCUCCUCAACAACUACAGUAACAGAAGAAGGGCAAGAGGGAUGUUUGCAAUCCACAAGUUGGCCAGGCCUGGGGCAAUGUGGCUGGGAGACGGAGAGGGCUCUAGGGUGUAGUGGCGGGAGCAGUGAUGCCCAAGACAGCAUGAUAUCUGUGUAUGACAACAUGUUACCUGGAAUUCAGUUGGAUGACUGUUUAGAAGAAGGGGAAGCUGGCACUGGGAUAGUAGACUUGGAGGGUGGUACUGCUAGAAUGGCCGAUAGCACCGGCUCCUGGUCCUCCUGUGAGAUCCUGCUUGGUGAUAGAGGCUCUGGUAGCGGUGGAACUGCUAGCCCUUGCCACAGCUCUGUAUGUUUCCCUUCUGUCAGGUCAGACCUUGGAGAAAGUGACUUGCAUCCAAACUCCCCUGCUUCUUCCUCUGCCCCGACUGAUGCCCCAUUGAGUACAGGGAGCAGUGAGGUCUUUCUUCCAAAUGCUCCUUCAGAUUUAAAAGACCCUCCAGCCUCUCAAGCGAUACAGUGCCUUGUGGUUGGCCUGCGGCAGCAAAUGGCCAGGCAGAGGGCUGAGUUUGAAGCCAAGAUCAACAAGUUGGAGCAGCGUAACGAGGCCCUCCAGGGGCAGGUAGCAGGACUGCGUGCCACUCUGGAGCAACAGCGCCGAAGCGUCACCGUUGCUGAAAUCAAGAUGCGGAACAUGGAACGAGCUCGGGCGGAUGCAGACCGACGAAACGCCACACUACAACAAGAGAUGGAGCAGUUCUUUGACACCUUUGGAGAGCUGAGCUCCGAGGCUCGGAAAACAGAGCGCAUCAUUCAAAGCUUCUGAGACUCCCAAGACUGAGACUGACUUUUGGGGAACAGAUACGAUUUCUACUGGCAUGAACACAUGCUACAAGCCUACUGGACCAAGCAGGAGACAGAGGACUCGAGAACUGAAAAAAAUGACAUGCAUGUUUGAAAAAUAUGCCUUUUGCUAUACAGCUAAAGAAAGACAAUGAAAUGAUUCAAAAGCGGGGCAGGAGACAACGUUAGCAAGCAUGGUAUUAUAAAAUAAACGAGGAUGCGUUAAUUCCAAUGCACUCUUGAGAAACUGCUUAAACACUUUAACUAACACGGGGUGAUUUAAAUGUAAUUCAAAUGAAAAACAAUUAUAUUUACAAACUUUAAUAAACAGUCACACGGGUCUGUAUUAAAGACUUUAGUCACCACUCGAAAAACUGCAUUUGUACCGAAAUAAAAUGUAUAAGAAACGUAAAAAAAGCCCAUCAUUUAAAGUGUUUUAUUUGGCAAUUUGUUACAGAUUGGUUUUUUCUUUUUUUUCUCCCCCCAUUCAUACAAAUGAAUGGAGGAACACUCGAUUGCAGCAGACUACACUCCCGGUUGAGGUUUUGCAUAUGUUUUUUCGACAGGGUUGAAUGACGGAAACUCGAGGGGAUUCCAUUUG